AUGGAGGGCGGCGGAGGAAGUGGCGGCUUGGGCGACCGGCAGCAGCAGGGGCCAGGGCGAGGGCCGCCACCCCUUCGGAGGACUGUCUCCGGCGGAGACCUAUCACCGGGCGGCGACGGAAGCGGGCAGCUGCAAGCGGGCCUUUUGCACAGUCACGCGCACCACCACCUGACGCUGUCGCCCCAACCCCAGCUGCCUCGCCAUCUGUCCUCUCCGCCGCUUCCGCAUCACAUCCAGCAACAGCAGCAGCAGCUCUCGAUGCAGCAUCAACAGCACCUCGCCCUGUCCUCCUCGCGACAUCAUCACCCGCUCAUGCAUCAUCUCGGCGGCGGCGGCAUGCCGCACCAGCAGCACAGCCUGCACGAAUCCUCCAUGUCGGUGGGCGUGCACCACUCCGAGCCGGACCACCUCGACGUACGUCGCACCAGGGUGUGUGAUCCGCUCACCUCUUCCGGACCUGUGCAGCUGCAUGACGGGCUCACUGACUCGCACCAGGCCUCGCUGAUACGCCACAGUGCGGACGCCCAACACCUCAUCUACUCCAUGCCACCGGGUCUCGGCAGCAGCGGCGGUGGCUUCGCCAUGGCCCAGGCCUAUGGCCACCACUACCACCAGCACCACCAACCGCCGCCGGCGCAUCAACACCACACUCAGCACCGAUCACCCCACCAGCACCAACUUCACCAGCAGCACCAACAAUUCCCACCACCACCGAUAGAUGACGAAGACGAAGAUGAGCCAGAUACACCAGUGACGACAACGACGACCACGCACGGCGCGAGGGGAGCAGCAGAGGCCGGCGGGGAGGAGGCGGGCGAAGGCGAGGAGAGCAUCGGGAAAGACGGAACGCGAUUCGUUUCGCUGCGGGAGCGGGAGGAGAUUGCCCGAUGGGCCUACAGGACCUGGUUCAGAGUGAAGCCGGGACACAAGGAAGUGAAGGACAAGUGGUGGGCACUCUACUAUCGAAAGCUGUUGCCGCAGUACCACCUGCGGGACAAUUACCUCGGCCGGAAGAUCAACCAGUGGAUCGAGGAGGACCUGGAGCCCCUGAAGGUGGCCCACCCCGAGCAGUUCGUGCAGAAGGCGCAAGGCAGGCCGGGACGCAAGCCCAAGCUCCGAACCAACCCCGAUGGAACGCUGAUGAAGAGACGAAAGCCCAACAGCAGCAAGGAGGGCACGAUGCCCGCCUAUGCCAAUGUGGAAAUGAUUCAGCCCACAGCCAACGAAGGAAUGGACACGCCGUUCAUGCAGAAGCUGGCCACGUGCUGUGUGGACAAUAAUGUGGAUUGGAGCGCGGAGCAGCUGGAGGCCGAUAUGGCGUGGUUCAAGAAGAAUCGGCUCCAGAUCAUGGAGAACAUUCCCAGCCUCACCAAGGGCAGCAAGCGAAAGAAGGAGCAGGGUGGAGCGACACCGAAGCGACAUCGGCCCACGGACGAUCCACCAAAGCACGUGCACAGCUUCCCCGAUGGAGUCGAACUCUCCUGCGACAUCCCCUGGAUUAAAACAGACAUGCACAAAACGGUCGAGGCCUACGUCAUCCAGAUCGACUUGCCCGGAGUGGCCCCGGAGACGGACCUCUCUGUGAAGACCGACGGCAACAAACUCGGCGAGCGGAAGAAUCGACAUUCGCUGCUUUCGCCCGAGAGCGAGAGCACGCUGGAGAAUCUGUUGGUGCAGCGACCAGAGGGUCCCUUUUCGCUUCAGGUGGUCCUGCCCCCGAACGCCGACAUCGCUCAUACUGAGCAGAGGUACAGCCACGGGGUGCUGACCAUCAAAGUUCCGCUCAAGGCGCCGCAGUGGCGCACCCUCGACAUCCUGCACCUCAGCCCCAACCGCUCGCACCUUGUAGAUUAG